AUGGUUAAAACGAAAUGGGGGACUUCGAAACAUAUCAAGGCAGACGUUAUUGUACUGGGAUGCAGUCUUCCAGGGAUUGUGACAGCACAUAAACUGAAAAAGAAAUUCGGUAACACCAUGGACAUAGUGGUUCUGGAUUUAGCUGGAAGACAGACAAAUUUAUCGAAAUGCAACGUGGCCUUCCAAGAAGAAGACGAAGAUGAAGAUGAGUGUGACAAUACAGGAGAAACAAAUGUUUUCACGGACAGUAUAACCAAACGUUACCUGUCUUUAUACGCGGGCGACUUUAAUAUACCUCUACCUGAUGCGAUUAUGGCACCCGAAAAAGUUCGUUCACCUCUAAAUAAACUCUUUGAACACAGUAACGGUACGACGGUGGAAUGUUUCACAGACUUCCAUGACUUCGAUUAUCUUAAUAUUUUGGAGAAAUUCGAGCUCAAUCAAUAUCAAAACCUACUGAACGAGUACAUGAAGGAUCUGUUCCAACAAAACAAUUAUGAUGACGAUUCAAAUAGGAAACGAUUGCUUUAUUAUGACCACACGACCAUGGAAACACAUAUUUGUAGCUCAUUACUGUUCUCAAAUUCGAGAGAAAUAAUGAGGAAUACCGUCAGGCUGGUCUGCGGGACUUCAGCAGAUAAUAUUUCUGUACUCUUUUAUCUACAUCAAUGCCACAGGUCAAACAAUUCAAGAAAUCUCUUAGAUGGAGAUAAUACAAAACUUCGAGAGAAACUCAUAGGUUAUUGUCGCAAGCGUCUAGCUUCUAAGCUGCAAAAGAGUGUCGCGAGCAUAACAUUAACAGCCAAAUCUAUAAACAAAAUCAGCUCGUACUCUGAUGAACAGGUUAUACUGAAAACUAUUAAAGGGGAUACAAAUUACGUCUGCAAUCUUUUGGCAAUGGCGGUGAAGCCGGACGAACUUCAUAACAUUGAAGUCGAAGCUCAACUGCUCUCAGAUCAGAUAAUGAAUAUAACGGCGUCUAUGAAACAGGGUGUAGCGAAAAAGUUUUUGGUGCAAUACGAGGAACAUUUCUGGAGGCGCGAAGGUUAUAGCGGUGACAUUUUAAGUGUCAGAGGACCGAUUCUAUGGGCCACUGAACGUCCUAUAGUUUCGUCGACAGGAAGCCUUGAAAGAUACGCAGCGUUGAUCGGAUAUCUUCGAGUUAAAGAACCUGGAGCUGAUUCCAGGGAGGCGGUCUUAAAACAAUUGGUUAGGCUGUUUGGAGACGAAGCGGCUGAGCCAAUUGGUUACAGAGAAACAAUCAUAGCCGAUACUUAUAUUCCAAGAUGUGGAGAUUUUGUCGCUUUGAGAAGAUUGACGCGACAAUCAAGGCCCAAGUUCCUGGAAUGGGGCGCGUUGGAUAUUUUUGGCGAUGGUGACGUGGCAUCAGCAUUGGAGGCCGGGCAUAUGGCUUACGUUCAUUUGUUAGGCUGUUUGCGCCCGCAGGCUCAAACCUAUGACGAUUUAAGUACAACCGAAUGGCCAACUAACUUAGGGUAUAGUCCAAUCAGGAAGUUGUGUUCCCAAUUGACGAUCACAACUAGUUUGCGCUACAUGGCCUUUACAGCGGCAGCUUAUAUAGGAUACCGUCUGUUACAGUCUCGCUUACGGAAGUAA